AUGUUUACUGAAGACACGGUAUUUCCACAGGACCGUUUUUGCAUAGUCGAUCAAGCACCAAUCGAGGAUAAUUCCAAUUCUUUAUAUUGCUCUUCAGAGUGCAGACAAAAGGAUUCUAACACAGGACUGGCACCAGUUGCAACUAGAGGAAAUCUUAUAACCUACAGAACUAGAAUGCACGAAAGACAACCUUCCUCAAGCAGGUCAAUUUCGCGUCGCCUAAGGCCGAUCGACGGAUCGGUUAUGGUUACCUCGAACUCUAUUGAUUCUUCUAGUGACGAAGAGGAUUUUGUACCAGAAUCCACUUCCUACGAGGAAAAUAGCAAUCAAUACAGUGUAGAUAUUGUGGCUCCAGGUGAAGAGCUUGAUGAUGUUUUCCAGUUUGAAGGUGUUACAGAUACAAAUAAUGUGUACAGUUCUUCUCUACCAUCACUUAUGUCUGAUCUGGACAAUGGAUCUGAUACCGAUGAUUUUUCAAACGAAGACGAACUUGCUUCAGAACAAAACAGAAAUAGCACAAAAUAUUACGAGUGGCUAUAUGACGCUCCUAAAUCCGAGAAGGAAACCCUUAGCUACGGAUUCUCCACUUAUGAGAAGAAAAUAGAUUCUCUUAUCAUUGAAGAAAAGAGGCACAGUAACAUAGCAGCAAGAAAUUAUGAACUUUGGCUUACUUCACAUUAG